AUGCUGCAAGACAGGGAGAUCGUAGCUUAUUUUAACACUGGUAACUUUCCUGUCACAGAGGAGUACCUCCCGGCGCAGUUUGAGGGCGAGCAGGAGAUGGCGUACCUGUACAACAGCUCCAAAGACUUUGAGAAGCGCCGCGUGUACUUCAAGAGCGAAUGGCGGGCGCCGAGAGUCCGUGUACCAUGGUACAUGUACAAGCUGAUGCAUUUCGGGCUGUUCUACAAUCUCGAGUUUCGCUCGGCGGUGUACGCGAGGUUCCCGGAGCUGCCGGCGGUGAAGCUGUUUACCCAUUGGCUGAGACUGAUGAGCAUCGGCGUGCAGCUGAGUGACAAACAGAGUGUGCCGCUGUACAUGGUGGUGGCAGUGAUGUACGCCAGGGGGGGUGAGGUACGAUGGUGUCCGGGUGUAAUAUUAGAAGUAAGUAAGGACGUUAUAGUGUGGUGCAAGUCUGGGCGGCGUAUUUGGAGGUACUCUAGAGCUACUCCUGGGGCGCAUAAUAUGAUAGAGGUCGUAAGUUGA